GUUUAUUAGAAGAUAAGAAAAAUCUGUGGGGUUUAUUCCAGACAGCAGGUUUAACAAACUCUGACUGUAACCCUGAACUCUGAGUCGAUGAUCCCUGAGAUGGAAAACUCAGAGUACAUGCCCAUCAGACUCUGUAACGUCUCCUCACACUGAGUCUCAGCGUUUGUCCCGCCCCUGUGACGAGGGAGUGUCCUGUAGUUGGAGUAAACUGUCGUCAAAUACCUGCAUCUCCAUUCAUUAGUGAGUCACAGGCACUGCAGGUUAGACAGCAGCCAAACGGCACACCUCAUUAUUCCAACUCAACAAACUGGACUGUUGCUAUUUAUUGAAAUUGCUGAAUUCUGAUUUUAUUACAGUCAGUGCAUGAAAACUGGAUUUACUGCAGCUUCGGACAAAUAGAGAAGGACAACUUUUAGAACACACACACACACUUCUUCAUGGAGAUUGAAAGCAUAGUGGCAAAUAGUGCUCUUAUUAAAGCCAGAGAAGGUGGAGGCAGUAAAGGCAGAAGCUGGAAAUGGAAAGAGAUGCUUCGCUUUCCUCACAUCACCCAGUGUACGGACCUGGCCAUGAACAUCGAACGAGACUACUAUAGUCUAUGUGUGAAGCAGCCUAUUGGCAAGAAACUGUUUCAGCUCUUCUGUCGGAGUCGGCCUGAUCUGCAGAACUACAUAUCCCUCCAGGAUGCUUUGGACGUAUUUGGGAAGAAGUCCGAUGAGGAGAGGAGAGACUUUGGCAUCAGCAUCGUUAAGAGAUUCCUCAGUAGUCAGUCCAUUCAGUGUGUGCCCAUCUUGCUGAGGCGUGAAAAGAGCUGCAUCAAGAAUCUGGAGUUCGAUCCCUGCGUGGACGUCUUUUAUUACUGCAGGGAAGAUCUACAUAAAUACCUCAGUGGAGAUCCCUUCAGCCAGUACCAGGAGAGCAUGUUUUUUGACCGUUUUCUGCAGUGGAAGAUGUUGGAGAGGCAGCCCAUCACCAAGCAGACAUUCAGACAGUACAGACUGCUGGGGAAAGGAGGGUUUGGAGAGGUGUGGGCUUGUCAGGUUCGAGCCACAGGAAUGAUGUACGCCUGCAAAAAACUGGAGAAGACCCACGUGAAGAAGAGGAGAGGGGAGGCCAUGGCUCUCAAUGAGAAGGAGAUACUGGAGGGGCUGGACAGUCGAUUUGUGGUGAGUCUGGCGUACGCUUAUGAGACCAAACACGCCCUGUGUAUGGUGUUGACCAUGUUGAGUGGAGGAGACUUGAGGUUUCACAUUUAUAACAUCGGAGCGCCCGGCUUGGAUAUUGACCGAGUGCAGUUCUACGCCGCAGAAGUCUGCUGCGGUUUAAUCCACCUCCACCAGAAGUCAAUAGUUUAUAGGGAUCUGAAACCAGAAAACAUUCUCUUGGAUGACAACGGACACAUCCGCAUCUCUGACCUGGGCCUGGCUGUGAGGCUGUAUGAAGGCAGUCUGGUGCGAGGCAGGGUGGGCACGCUGGGAUAUAUGGCUCCGGAGGUGAUCGGCCACGAGCAUUACGGGAUGAAUGUGGACUGGUGGGGCCUGGGCUGUCUGGUUUAUGAAAUGACCGCAGGACAGCCGCCGUUCAGAGCCCGAGGAGAACAUCCGAAAGCUCCGGACAUGGAGAGACGGAUUCAGAUGGAACAGGAGGAAUACGGUGACAAGUUCAGCGAGGAGGUGAAAGACCUCUGCUCACUGCUGUUGAUCAAGGACCCCAGAAAGAGGCUGGGCUCCCGGGGCUCAGGAGGAAGAGAAGUACAGUCACAUCCCUUCUUCCGAAAAAUCAACUUCAGGAUGCUGGAGGCGGGACUUGUUGAGCCUUCAUUUAAACCUGAUCCCAGACUGGUGUACUGCAGCGAUGUGCAGGACAUCGAUGAGUUCUCCACAGUGAAGGGAGUCGUUCUGGACCAAACAGACAACAACUUCUACUCCAAGUUCAACACAGGCAGCGUUCCUAUAAGCUGGCAGAACGAGAUGAUAGAGACGGGAUGUUUCAAGGAGCUGAAUGUUUUUGGCCCUGAGGGGUCUCGAUCUCCAGACCUGGACUAUUCCCAGACCCCCGAGAACCCCAAACGCAGCCUGUUGGACCGAAUCUUCCGCAGACAUCAUCCUCCAGAGCCGUCAGAGGAAAGCAGACAGAAUUUGGUGUCCAAUGAAACCUACAUGACGUCAGAAAUACUCAGCACUGCCCUGUGAGGACCGUCACAGCACAGACUGCUCUAAAGACACUGAAAAACAAACAACAAGCAUCCGCUGUAGCACUAAAGGACAGCUGAGGCAGUUUGGAUGUUUUGAUGUGGGAUUGUAUGAGGUAGUUAUCAAGAGUCUGCGUAUUACCUGCAGUAGAUUUGGGUCGGCACACUCCCAGUUUGGAGAAGCAAACAGGAAUACCGACCCAAAUUUACUUCAGGUAACUAACGGACUAUGGAUAACGACCUCAUACAACCCCACUUCAAAAUCUAAACUAUCCCUUAAAAUCACAGCAUAGCAUUUUUCUUUGUGUUUUGUUCUCCUUACACUGACAGCUACACUAUAUUAGCACUUUCUCCUUCAUCUGUUCUCAGUUUAAUUUUACUGUUGGGUCAGUUAUACACACACACCAAUACUACACCAAUACACACAUCCAUUUUAAAGUCUAACUGAAAUCAUAUUUAUUCAUUUUUUUAAGUCAAAAAUUAUGGCAGCAUGUUUUUUGAAUAUAUUGUUAAUAGUUUUUUUAUUAUUAAUAAAAAGGAACAAAAA